AAUAGGAAAACGGUUGUGUAAAAAAGAGGAUAAUAUAGAUCCGCGGAUGUAGAGAUUCAUACACACUUGUUGCUCUUUCGGCAGGAAGUGAAGCACGUCGUUAGCUGAGUUGGUUUUCUGUAUGCAGCUUCCAAACUAAAUCUUUUCGAUAUUUGACAUAACUAUCACCUAUAAUGACUGGCGGCAGCUUUGGAUAUGCGCAAUUUACAAAUGGACUAAUUUGCUUUUGGCGGACAUCAAUAAGGGAUACAUGUAUCCAACUCAUGGAUGGCCUCUUAUCCACUACAUUUUUGAUGGGCAAAGUUUAGAGACAACGGGACAUAUAUUUCUGGAUCAAGGAAGUACUCCUUGCCAAAGGACUUUGAAACAUGCCCUUGCCAUUCGGCUUAAAACUCAAAAGAACUCGAAGGUAUACUGUCUCAAGCAAGAGUUGUCUGGUCACACGCAUUCAGCUGCUCAAUGGUGAAUUUGUUGAGUUUACUCUUUCUGUGGAGAGCACCGGCCAGGAAUGUUUGGAGGCAGUUGCACAGAGACUCGAGUUACGAGAGAUAACGUACUUCAGCCUAUGGUACUUCAACAAGCAGAACCAGCAGCGUUGGAUCGAUCUGGAGAAGCCCCUGAAGAAGCAGCUGGACAAGUAUGGCCUGGAGCCCACCGUCUACUUCGGCGUGGUCUUCUACGUGCCCACCGUAGGCCAACUGCAGCAGGAGAUCACUAGAUAUCAGUAUUAUCUCCAGUUGAAGAAGGAUGUUCUCGAAGGCCGAAUCCCUUGCUCUAUAGAACAGGCCAUCCGCCUGGCUGGCUUGGCAGUGCAAGCUGACUUCGGAGACUUCAAUCGUUACGAUUCGCAGGAGUUUCUUCAGAAGUUUGUGCUCUUUCCUAUCGGCUGGAUCCAGGAUGAGAGAGUACUGGAAGAGGCCACUCAGAAAGUGGCUGUGCUUUACCAGAACUACAGGGGGUUGCCUGCCCCAGAGGCUGAGAUGUUGUACAUGCAGGAGGUGGAGAAGAUGGAGGGCUAUGGCCAGGAGAGUACCCCAGCCAAGGACAGCCAAGGCACUGAUAUCCUCCUUGGGGCCUGUCUGGACGGCAUUUUUGUCAAGCACAAAAACGGCAGGCCACCCCUUGUAUUCAAGUGGAAUGAAAUUAACAACAUGACUCACAAUAAGUCCUUCUUUGCCCUGGAGCUGACCAACAAAGAGGAGAGCGUGCAGUUCCAGACCGAAGACCUGGAAACCUCCAAAUAUGUGUGCCGGAUGUGUCUGGCCAGGCACAAGUUUUAUAAGAUUAACAAGAGCAGCCUCCAAACCCAGCCAACCGCUGUGAACCCAGUGAGACGCCGGUCCUCCACCAGGAUGUCUCUGCCAAAGCCCCCGCCCUACAUGUUGCCCCCGCCACAGAUGCACUACAAUGGUCACUUCACUGAGCCUUACACAUCCUCACAAGACAACCUGUACAUGAACAGUCAGCACGGCUACUACUACCACUCUCAGACCAGCCUGGACCGCUCACCACUCGAGUACGGCAACAGCGGCGGUGGGAACGGGCGGCUGCGUAACGGCAGCGUGUACAGCGCCCACAGCACCAGCUCCCUCACCAACCCCCAGCACUACAUGCAGCCCUCGCCCAUGUCUUCCAACCCCUCCAUCACAGGAAGUGACAUCACCCGCCCCGACUACGUGCCCUCACACCGCCACAGCGCACUCAUCCCCCCCUCUUACCGUGCCACCCCGGACUACGAGACGGUCAUGAGGCAGAAGAACCGGGGAGGUGGAGGAGGGAUGGUGCAUGGCCACGAGCACCGCCAGAGCCACUCCAUGAGGAACCUGAACAUUGGGAACUCGUAUGCCUACAGCAGGCCGGACCCCCUGGUCUACAGCCAGCCGGAGAUCAGAGGAGAGCAUGGUGGAGGAGGAGCGCACCACCACUACCCUUUCCACCUCAACUCCAGCUUCCACAGCCCCUCGCCGUACCCCUACCCCACGGAGAGGAGGCCUGUGGUGGGGGCGGUUAGUGUGCCCGAGCUGACAAACGUCCAGCUGCAGCAGGCGCAGGAGUAUCCUGCAGCCAAUAUCAUGAGGACCCAAGUGUACCGCCCUCCACCCCCCUACCCAUACGGCGCCCACCCACGGCCCGCCAACAGCACGCCGGACCUGUCUCGCCACCUGUAUGUGAGCAGCAGCAACCCGGACCUGAUCAUUACGCGGCGCGUGCACCACUCGGUCCAGACCUUCCAGGAGGACAGUUUGCCUGUAGCCCACUCCCUGCAGGAGGUAUCUGAGCCCCUGUUCCUGGCUGGACCCCCACAACACCACCCCCACCAACACAACGCACACAAACGCAACUCCAUCGAGAUUGCUGGCCUGGCUUACAGCCUGGAGGGUAUGAGGGUCAAGGAAAGGACUGUAUCUGCCUCAGCCGCAGACAGCCCCCAUCUGGUCCCUCAUGGCUCCUCAGGCUCCCAGCUCAACGUGUUCCUGGAGCGGACCAAGUCAGAGGACGGGGGGGAGGGGAAAGAGGACGUUCGCUACGGCCACAAGAAGUCCCUGUCAGACGCCACCAUGCUGGUGCACAGCAGCGAGGAAGAGGAGUUCGAGGAUGAGAGCGGACGCCACACACCCCAAUCCCACGAUGCACUAUUGUCCGGGCCUGACCCGCAGCAGCUUCUAACCAAUCUGGGACAGAUUCCCCUGGAGCCCCCGCCCGCAUAUCCCAUUGGAUCCUUCCUUGACCCUGUCCUGUCUGGUCUCCCGGCCUAUCAGGUGCACCCACUGAUCCAGGAGGCAGAGUCACUGUACCUGUUUGAGGGCGGACAGACUGGCAGGAUGGUGCCCUCGAUGUCGGAUAGUGACAUCAGUGGGCAGAACAAACCGAAGACCAAGAAGGAUUUCAUCAAGAAGAGGCCUGUGUCAGACGUUCCUGCUGGGAAGAAACCCAUUGAUGGCCUGCCUCCUGCCGGCAUGAAGAAGCGGGCUGAGCUGAAGAAGAUGGGUCCCCUGAAGGUGGCGGCCCUCAACGGCCUGACCCUGUCCAGGCUGCCCAUGCACGAGGGAGGCAAGGACCAACCUGAGAAGGCCUCCAACGACGAGAGGUGUAAGGUGCUGGAGCAGCGCAUGGAGCAGGGCAUGGUGUUCACAGAGUACGAGCAGGUGGCCAAGCGGCGUCCGACAGGCGACUGCAGCAUCGCCCAGCUGCCAGAGAGCGGCGAGAGGAAUCGCUUCCAGGAUGUGCUGCCUUACGACGACACGCGUGUGGAGCUGGUGCCCACCAAGGAGAACAACACAGGCUACAUCAACGCCUCGCACAUCAGGAUUACGGUGGGUGGAGACGAGUGGAGCUACAUCGCCUCCCAGGGCCCUCUUUCGAACACUUGUCUGGACUUCUGGCAAAUGGUGUGGGAGCAGGGUGUGGCCAUCAUCGCCAUGGUUACAGCUGAAGAGGAGGGUGGCAGGGAAAAGAGUUUCCGCUACUGGCCACGGCUGGGCUCUCGCCACAACACGGUGACAUACGGACGCUUUAAGAUCACUACGCGCUUCAGAACGGACUCGGGCUGCUAUGCCACCACGGGCCUGAAGAUCAAACACCUGCUGACGGGCCAUGAGCGCACCGUAUGGCACCUGCAGUACACAGACUGGCCCGACCACGGCUGCCCCGAGGACUUCAAAGGCUUCCUCUCGUACCUGGAGGAGAUCCAGUCAGUGAGGAGACACACCAACAGCACCAGCGACCCAAAGAACACCAACCUACCCGUGCUGGUCCACUGUAGUGCUGGAGUGGGCCGCACCGGGGUGGUCAUACUCACUGAGAUUAUGAUCGCCUGUCUGGAACACAACGAGAUGCUGGACGUCCCGACCGUCCUGAACAUGCUCCGGCAGCAACGCAUGAUGAUGGUGCAGACCAUCUCACAAUACACCUUCAUUUACAAAGUCCUUAUCCAGUUCCUUCGCAACUCCAGGCUAAUCUAAGCGUAAGCCUCAGCAGCCCCCCCCCCCCAAAGGUUUGUGUCGGCCACGAGGAAGCAUCUGUGGCUCUUAGCUCCAAAAUGAUGGUGCUGGUGGAUGGUCCUUUUUCGAAGUGUUAAUGGAGGCGUUACUGCGAUAAAACCUGACAAUGAAAGGAACGCAUGACUUUGUGCGUGUCCCCCUCUUGAGCAGUAUUAAUGAGAUUUGACUGUAGGAUUUUUACACUACACAAUUAUUGACAUGAAACCCAGCACUUGAAACCCAGACAUGAAACCCAGCACUCUGAUUAUUGUAUAUCAAUAUCAUUAAUUACAGAUAUUUGUUUAUCACAUAUUUUUAGUUUUGACGAUUUGUGUGCUGUGCUGGAUGAUGGUCUUUAUAAAGGACUUGACUAAUGUUUUGAUUGAGAAUUCCUGAAGAAGUUAAAAUCACACUUUUGAUUAUGUUGGACUACUGUUUGUUGACCGUGGAAGAUGAGAAUGGCCACUUUUUUAAAUGAAGGGCAUCUUUGGUGAACUGCACUUGUAUCUAAGGAGUGUAGAUGUGUUUCCAUGUCUCUACUGUGGUGGUUUAGGAUUUCUCCUUUGCUCUUAUUUGGCUUAGCAAUAGGCCUGACACUAAGACCAUGUAUUGAUUUAUAAGUGGGGUUAAUUUUAUGUUCCCCCGAUGGUACCACAAACCUCACUUUGGGGAAAACUGGGUAUUUGUAACCAAAGAGCUAAAGUCAUUCAAUAGCUACACACAUCAUGUUGAGUUAUUCAGGUGUCUACCAAAGAAUCUUUACUGUUAAACACACACAUUGAGGUAUUUGGACAUAACUGGAAUAUAUGGUAUUACAUUAGCACCCCCCCCCCCACACACACACACACACACACACACACCCAUUCUGUCUCCCAUAUAGCACUAUACCAGAUGUGGCUCACACAUAAUGUGCAAUCCGCAGUUGAUAUAAUAACUAAGUGAUUUCCCCGCCACUGUUUUGGUAAAAAGAUGAGGAAUGGGACUGGAGAAAUGUAACCACUCUCAAAUUCAUAGACGGAGCCAUGUGUGCAAGGACUGACCAUCCAUGAUAUCAAAAUUAUAGUUUGAACCAUGUUUUAAGGCUAUACCGUGUUUGUUUACAUUGGCUUUUACAUUUACUUUGUUUACAAACAUUGGAGUAAAACCAGCUUAUAUUUUAAGUUCUGAUGGGAUACGGCAGUUGAACUUAGCUCAUGAUGCAUUUAUACGUUUUAUAUUCUUCAAGAAUCAAUGGGCACAUUAAUUUGUAAGUAAAAAAAAAUGAUGGAUGUAAGUAACUGCAGAUGAACCCUUAAGUACAUUCCAUUCUAACUGAUGUGUGCCUAAAUGGUUGGUGGACUCUGGGAUAAGACAGUUUCAAUUGAAAAAGGAUAUGCAGAUGCAGUCGCAAAGUAUUCAGACCCCUUGACUUUUUCCACAUUUUGUUACGUUACAGCCUUAUUCUAAAAUUGAUUAAAUAGAUUUUUAGCCAGUUUGAUCUGUUCUGUGAAGGAAGUAGUACACAACGUUGUGAGAGCGCUUCAUUUUCUUGGCAAUUUGUCGCAUGGAAUAUAGCCUUCAUUUCUCAUAACAAGAAUAGACUGACGAGUUUCAGAAGAAAGUACUUUGUUUUCAGGCCAUUUUGAGCCUGAAAUUGAACCCACAAACGCUGAUGCUCCAGAUACACAACUAGUCUAGUUUUUUUUUAUUGCUUCUUUAACACAACUGUUUUCCUGAUUAACAUAAUUGCAAAGGGGCCUUCUAAUGAUCAAUUAGCCUUUUAAAAUAAUAAACUUGGAUUAGCUAACACAACAUGCCAUUGGAACACAGGAGUGAUGGAUGCUGAUAAUGGGCCGAUGUAGAUAUUCCAUUUAAAAUAAUUUCCAGCUACAGUAGUAACAAUGACUACACUGUAUUUCUGAUCAAUUUGAUGUUAUUUUAAUGGACAAAAAAAAAUAUUUUCUUUAAAAAACAAGGACAUUUCUAAGUGACCCCAAGCUUUUGAACGGUAGUGUAACUAUUUAGUCAGACCCUUUACUCAGUACUUUGUCGAAGCAGCUUUGGCAGCGAUUACAUCCUCGAGUCUUCUUGGAUGUGAAGCCAGAAGCUUAGCAGAGUGACCAUCGGGUUCUUGGUCACCUCACUACGGACAAUUUCUUUGACCAUGGCUUGGUUUUUGCUCUGACAUGCACUGUCAACUGUGGGACCUUAUAUAGACAGGUGUGUGCCUUUCCAAAUCAUGGCCAAUUAAUUGAAUUUACUACAGGUGGACUCAAAGUUGUAGAAACAUCUCAAGGAUGAACAAUGGAAACAGAAUGCAUCUGAGCUUAAUUUUGAGUCUCAUAGCAAAGGGUCUGAAUACUUAUGUAAAUUACGUAUUUGUUUAAAAAAAAAUGUUUUUCACUUUGUCAUUAUGGGUUAUUGUGUAUAGAUUGAGAGAAAUUAUUUAAUCAAUUUUAGAAUAAGGCUGCAACAAAGGGGGGUCUGAAUACUUUCUGAAUGCACUGUAGGUUAGAAAGCAGUUUGUAAGGAGGUAGGUAUUGAGACAUGGCCAUUGAUUGAUUACUUCAGUCAGAUUCAUGUGUACAAGAUGGAAAAAGGAUUGAGAAAUGAGGAGGAAAGGUUUGGUUUGUAGUGGAUGAUUUACAUAUUUAGCCGUUCAGAGACUGAACGCUGCUGAUCCAUACUAAUUUAAACACACAGAAAAUGUGUUUAAAAUGAGUGCCAUAACUAUUGUUGAGGAAAUACCCCUUUACAGUGAGCUUUCUUUAUAUCUGGAAAAAAAGUGCCUACAUAUAUAUUUUUUAAGUGUAGAAAUCUGCAUUGAAAGGGCUUUAUGUAUUGCACAUAUGAAGGAAACAACACUGUUGGAAUUUGUGUUGUGAAUGACAAUCUUUAAAUUGCUAUGUUUUUUUCGUGCA